GAAAAGAAAACAGCGUUUAUUUGAUAGAGCUUCAGAGAAAGGGAGUAUCCUAAGUAUACAGCCUGAUUCAUGCCAUCUGGGAAUAAAUGCAGAGUUUUAAUUUUUUCUUUAACCUCAGAAGUCUGUCUGAGGGCUUUUAAAAAAGAUUAGAUUGGGCAGUAGCUGGAAGAACUGGUUGGACUGAAGAAGUGAAGAGUUGUUCUUGUAAACUAUUUUGAACUGGCAGAGCCACUGGAGGAAAUCUGGAGGAUGCAGGAGGCCAUCCGUGUACUAACAAAGAUCCGCUCGAGCUGGGGCAGCAAAGGCGUCCCGUGGACACGGGCGCGGAGCUCAGGGAGUUCGUGAGGAUGGCGGGGGAAGCAGCUCAGCUGGGUGCUGGAACCCGAAGGGACUGUGGGGGUCUGGAGCCCAGCCCCUGACUUCAGUCUUGGCUACUUAUGAUUCAGCAGACGGAACAGCUCAGCAGGAUCAUGAAGACGCAUGCAGAGGACCUGAAUUCUGGGCCCUUACAUAGGCUCACCAUGAUGAUCAAAGAUAAGCAGCAGGUGAAGAAGAGUUACAUAGGCGUCCACCAGCAGAUAGAGGCAGAGAUGAUCAAGGUUACAAAGACAGAAUUAGAGAAAUUAAAAACAAGCUAUAGACAAUUAAUAAAAGAAAUGAAUUCUGCCAAAGAGAAAUAUAAAGAAGCUGUAGCUAAAGGGAAAGAAACUGAAAAGGCUAAGGAACGUUACGACAAAGCCACAAUGAAACUUCAUAUGUUGCAUAAUCAGUAUGUGUUGGCAUUGAAAGGGGCACAGCUUCAUCAGAACCAGUAUUAUGACACUACACUUCCUCUGCUUCUCGAUUCCUUACAAAAGAUGCAAGAAGAAAUGAUAAAAGCACUAAAAGGUAUAUUUGAUGAAUACAGCCAGAUAACUAGUCUUGUUACAGAGGAAAUAGUGAACGUUCAUAAAGAGAUUCAAAUGUCGGUUGAACAGAUAGACCCUAGCACAGAAUACAACAAUUUCAUAGAUGUUCAUAGAACAACGGCUGCUAAGGAGCAAGAAAUUGAGUUUGAUACUUCCUUACUAGAAGAAAAUGAAAAUCUACAGGCAAAUGAGAUUAUGUGGAAUAAUUUAACAGCAGAAAGUUUGCAAGUAAUGUUGAGAACUUUAGCAGAGGAACUAAUGCAGACACAGCAGAUGCUUUUAAACAAGGAGGAGGCUGUGCUGGAGCUGGAGAAGAGGAUUGAGGAGUCUUCCAAGACCUAUGAAAAGAAGUCUGACAUUGUACUUCUGCUAAGCCAAAAACAGGCCCUUGAAGAGCUGAAGCAGUCAGUCCAGCAGCUGAGAUGCACCGAGGCGAAGUUUGCAGCACAGAAAGAACUGCUGGAGCAAAAGGUGCAGGAAAACGACGGGAAAGAGCCGCCUCCCGUCGUCAAUUACGAAGAAGACGCACGGUCGGUUACGUCUAUGGAAAGGAAGGAGAGGCUGUCCCGAUUUGAGUCUAUUCGUCACUCAAUUGCUGGAAUCAUUAGGUCUCCAAAAUCUGCACUGGGCUCUUCAUUCUGUGAUACGAUCCCCGUACUUGAGAAACCUCUGGCAGAACAGGACUGGUACCAUGGUGCGAUUCCCAGAAUAGAAGCGCAAGACCUGCUAAAGCAGCAAGGAGACUUCUUGGUGCGAGAGAGUCAUGGGAAACCUGGUGAAUAUGUCCUUUCUGUAUUUUCUGAUGGACAGAGGAGACACUUUAUCAUACAGUAUGUUGAUAAUAUGUAUCGUUUUGAAGGCACUGGGUUUUCAAAUAUUCCUCAACUUAUAGACCAUCACUAUACAACAAAACAGGUCAUCACUAAGAAGUCAGGUGUAAUUCUGCUGAAUCCUAUUCCUAAGGAUAAGAAGUGGGUUCUCAAUCACGAAGAUGUCACAUUGGGAGAAUUACUGGGCAAGGGAAAUUUUGGUGAAGUAUUUAAGGGCAUAUUAAAGGAUAAAACUGCUGUUGCUGUUAAAACAUGUAAAGAAGAUCUUCCUCAGGAACUGAAAAUAAAAUUCUUACAAGAAGCCAAAAUUCUCAAGCAGUAUGAUCACCCCAAUAUUGUCAAACUUAUAGGGGUCUGCACACAGAGACAGCCUAUCUACAUCAUUAUGGAACUGGUUCCAGGAGGUGAUUUCCUCACGUUCCUGAGAAAGAGGAAGGACGAUAUAAAACUCAAACAGUUAGUGAAAUUUUCAUUAGAUGUUGCUUCUGGUAUGUCCUAUCUCGAGAGUAAAAACUGUAUACACAGGGAUCUUGCUGCAAGAAACUGCCUGGUAGGUGAAAACAAUGUGCUGAAAAUCAGUGACUUUGGAAUGUCUCGUCAAGAGGAUGGUGGCGUAUAUUCGUCUUCUGGCCUGAAGCAGAUCCCCAUUAAGUGGACAGCACCAGAAGCGCUUAAUUAUGGGAGAUACAGCUCUGAGAGUGACGUGUGGAGCUUCGGCAUCCUGCUCUGGGAGACCUUCAGCCUGGGGGUCUGCCCCUACCCCGGAAUGACAAACCAGCAGGCCCGGGAACAGGUGGAAAGAGGAUACCGGAUGUCAGCCCCUCAGCACUGUCCGGAGGACAUUUUUAAAAUCAUGAUGAAGUGUUGGGAUUAUAAACCUGAAAACCGCCCCAAGUUCAGUGAACUUCAGAAAGAGCUCGCUGUCAUCAAGAAGAAGAUCACCUCCUGACGGAGCAGCGUGGCCGCGGCCUGUCCCCUUGCAGAGGAAUACUGUUCUCCUUGUUAACCAUGAGUGUAUACAGCGUUGUGUGCAGCCGUCUUCUAAGGUUACUUUUUUAUUAACUGUUUUUUAAAUAUGUGCUGUUUUAAAAAAAAAAAAAAGUCAAAGGCAAAGACACUGAAGCAGCCGUCCUUGCACGGGUGUUCCUGGCUCAGCCCCGCGGUCCUGGCACGUCAGCCCCAGCCUCGUGGGAGUCGACAGGCACGGGCUCAAGCGUGCAGGGAGCCCACCCGUCUUGCCCACACCGGGACCACUGGCGCUCCGCUGGCCGCUUUCCUCCAGGCCUGGCUCCCCGCUGCCGCCCCGGCCGCAAACCCUGCUCCGUCCGUCUGUCCGUGGUCUGCGAGGCACAUCCCGACUGAAGCCGGCUUCCUGCACCGCCAGGGCAGGGGUGUGUUUGUAAACAUCACUUCACACUGAGAACUGUUCAGACUUCCCGGGGGUUUCUCUCCUUUCUCGACAGAAAUAAGCAUAAGAGCCCUCCCGUUUCCACCCUCCAAGUGAGGCUGUGGUUUCCCUCCUCUUUGUCAGAGAUGGUGGCCAGAGCCUCCUUACAGAGCUGGCAGCUGAGGCCAGGGCUUUUAGGGACGGUUUUAGACAGCUGCGACCUGUGAUGGUGAGACCCAGGUUGGAACAGUGAUCUGGAGAAGGGGCAGCUAGCGCAGUCAUCCCAGAGGAGGGAAGGGAGACAGAGACUCUGCCUUCUCACCAGAGUUAUGCCUUUACACACACACACACACUUACUUCAUGAUCUGAAUUCAUGAACAAGGUUCUGAGAAACGUUUUCAGUUCUUAGAUACAGCUUUCUUGGCAACCAAAAAUUGUUUAGGGACACUCCAAUGCACAACAGACGUCACGACAUGCUUUGAAGCACCUUCAUUUGAGAGGAGACAUCUCAGAAUUCAAUUCCUUUCAUCCGUGCCAGUGUCCAGGGCUGUCCAAACUGAAUGGUCCUAGUUCAUAAACAUAGUCGUGUGGGCACCUGUGGGCACGUGGGCACGCUCACAUACCGCCCCCCCCCACACACACACAGAUAAUCCCCAGAAGCCAGGCAGAGUGACUGGAGUGAACGGCUCAGAGGUCAGAUGAGCAUUAUUAAGGGGGAGCUGCAGAGGUGGCCCUGCAUCGCCCCCUCUCCGUCUGUUUGCUCUCACACCGCUCCCCGGGAGCUCUCACCGCCGUGUGGAGAUGGUCACGGGGAGAAAACGCUGCCGAGUUUAAACUAGGGUUCUCUUGGGCUGAGUCUUGGCCGCAUCCGGGGAACUUACCCCAGGUUCUGUAUAUAGUUGCCUCAGGAAACACGUGUGUGUAAGAGACGCUCACGCUCAGGGGUAGAUGUGGCCUGGGAGCUCUUCGCGUGUGCUCCGGCCUGUGUCCACACGCACAGCAGUGAUCAUUCGGUCUGUGCUCAGUGCAGGCGCUUACGGGAUGGAGAUGCCUCCGCCCCGUCCACCCACUUGCUGCCUGGGAAUACCACUGCACACAGAAUAAUGCUGAAGAAAGGGGCUGUGUGCGCAAGGUCCAUACACGUUUCAUGAGUACCACAUCCAGAUGAAAAUGAAAGCAUAAUAAACUUGCCCUCAAAAAUAGUGCAAUAUACAAAGCAACUUCUCUUAAAAUCAGCUUUGUUCCCCUUCUGUCAAGUAUUAUGAGUAAAUGAAACCUUCUUUUGAUGGCAUAAACUGUGGUAAAUCACAGCCCAGACUCAAGAUUAAGACCUCUGGUCUACAGUCACUUGCCAGCUUUCAAAAGCAAGAAUAAAAUAGGGACAUUUCUGCCCUUUGCCAGUGCUUCCAAGUGCACUUCUGUAAUAUUCUUUAUUUAAAAAAAAACAAAAACAGCCUCCCAUCACUUAGCAGCCCCAAAGCUUAGCUCUCAGCAAAGAGAGAAUGAAGGUUUGGGCUUUAAUUUUGUGAACAAGACCUGAAGCUUAAUCUUUGCAUUCUGGUGGAAAGAACGAACACGGCUUUGAUAUUUCACUCAUCCAGGCUGUUAGAAUUUACAAUUCACAUCAUAACUCUAUGCUUAAAUUAAAGAAGCUUUUCAUAACAUCGUGACAUCUGCAGCAUUUAAAUUCUAUCUUAUUCUGUGUCCCAAAGCAGGCUGUGGUAUAGUUCAGGAUUAAUAACUUCUUUCAGGGUCAUAUCAGUUGUAUAGAAUAUUCAGUUUAAUAUAGGCACAUGCAUUAAGAAAAACUUAUGCAGACCAUUUUUUUUUACCAUUAAUUUUGUUGUGCUUAAAGCAUAAUUUAUUCAUCCCUUCUGUCACUGAUAAUUAUUGGAAUUAUGUACUUUAGGAGGCUAAUCCAUACCCAGAAAGCCCACAUGCAAAUACUCCUCUGAAUUUGCAAGUUGAUGUAGGGAAAGAAGGCUUCAGAAACAUACAAAAUAGACUUGUUUAGUAAGAAAAUGGUGGUAACCAAAACUGCCACUAGUCUAAAUGUAAUUCAGCCAGGUCACAAAUCUUUGUGUUGUGAAUGGGUUUUUCAAAUUCUGCAUCUCUUCUCCUGUCCCAUUCCUGUCGUCAUUCCUUAAAUUUAUGACUACAGAGUAGGGGGCAGGUGAGCCCAGGCAGCCGGACCCUCGCCUGCAUUUUUCUGUCUCGAGUCACCAAGGAACCUGUAUGAGAAAUAGACAGGUAGGUCAUCAUUUUUCAAGGAAAGAAAUCUUUUACUGUCGAGUAGGCAUUUACUAUCAACACAAGAAACCUAAAAUUAUUUUGUGUUCCAUGUAACCUAAGGUUACUUCCCAAAGCCAACAUUCUCUUUCUCUUCUAGGAAAUAAUAAUAAAGGGUGAAUAGGUUUAGUUUAGAUGCUCAAAGCCAGAGGUUUCAUUCCAGUCCAUCCUGUCACUGGGUCCCCAGUGAAAGGUCUCAUGUAAGCACUUCUCUUUUAUCUCCCAAAUUUAAUAGUCAAUAUAGUUCUUCAUCCAUAAUUUACCAUUUUAUCACAAAUACUAUAUUAUUGAAACCUCUCACUAGCAUUAUCAGUGUAGAAUACGAGUCUAAUUGUUUGAGUUUUCAGUGCAUAUUUCACAACUUUUUUCACAUAUUUGAGGGUCAUUUUUAAGAGGAAAAAAAAAAAAACGUUCAGUCAUUGAAAUAGUCUUCAUUUCCUUUAAACCAGAAUACAAUUUUCUUGUGUAUGUUAAACUCAUAUGUUUCAAUUGUGCCAUAUAGUCUUACAUAAAGUUUGGCUAAUACCACUAAUAUAGCUAUAGCUUCACAACACUGGUGUGACAUGUGUCAUGAAGAAAGGGUUUUAAUUAUAUGCCACACACUGAGGGCCUUACAGUGGGGUAAACAUAAAAAUGGCAACACAGAAAUACACGUCUAGGUCGUCAUUCAGUUACCUCGGUCACGCCACUUCCUGGUUUAUUCUGGUGAGUCUUCGGGCGCCCCAAAAAUGCACCUGAAAACCUCCCUGCACGUGCCCCAUGGGCACUGCUCUGCGGCUGCGUGUCCUCGGAAGUGAGAGUAGUUGAUAUUUUCUAAAAAGAAGUUGUUUGCCUUAACCUUCUUUUUACACAUGCAUAUUCCCCCAUCACAAAAUUGGUAUUUUAGAUGUUUCUUAUCAACAGAAUUGACUGUCCGUAAACACUGUUCUGAGUCACAUAAAGACUAAUUUUUGUAUUUAGGAGGUCACAGCCCUCACUCAAACAGAAUAAAUGCGAAAUACAAAAGACAACAAAGGGGCAGAUAAUUGCAAAAGACACGGUUUCUUUAUGUAUUAAUAUGUUAAUUAAGUGAAAAAGAUUUUAUAUGAAAAUGAGUUUAUAUUACAUUUCCAUUAUACUAUUAAGUUAGCAUGAAAGUUUACCAUUAAAAUAAAGUGUUACCUCUUUUAUUACUAACUCUGAUUUGCUUAUAAAUACCAGAAAAUUUUUUAUUAAAUAUUUUAGUUUUAUUUAUUUUCUCUCUUUUGAGUUUCAUAUCAAGUCUGAAUACUGUAUUAUUUGGGAGGACCCAAAACCGCAUCUUAAUUUCUGCCAAAGAAAAUAUACUAAUUUAGAAGUCAGGAUUUCACGUACCACAAAUACCUACUUGAAGAAGAUACUGGUACAGCCGCAGAGUCCCAUAAAAUUCUCCUUUAGAAGACGAUAUUAUAAGACAGAAGGUAUGUAAACUAUAUGUCUCAGUCAUAAUUCGAUUUAAGGAAAUAUUUAUUACCCCUUUAAAACCAUCCUACUGCCUCAUGCUGAUUCAAAGGUUACAUUCUAAAUUGUUAAGAGUAGACAUUAAAACUCCCUUAACUGCCUAGUAAGGACUGAGAUUCUUAGGUGGGAGGAAAACCCUACUGUACUGAAUUCCUAAUCACUUUAAACUGUGGAGAAGUGAUGAGCGUAGGCUUCAGCGCCUCUGCUAAUAAGGGGCCGAGGCGAGCGUGUGCAAACGAGGAAGAGGAAAGAUUCCUCUGUGGCAGGAAGAUGCAGUCCCUGCGGAGACUGUCAGGUAGUUAAAGCGGAACCGAGACUCUGACGGUGUCGCUGGGGGGGCCUGAGGAGCAGGGCCAGCAGGUCAGAGCCUUCCCUACGGAAAGUUUAGAAGAAGCAGAGAGGUCACCCGCCAGUGUGGGGGCCUUUGUGCGGGCGAGCCAACCCCUCUUCUGUCCACGGGGAGCGGUCUCCCGUCCCUCGCUCCGAGCCGAUGCCGUGCUGGCUGACACACGCUCACGGUCUGGCCGGCUCGCGGGUUUGGCCAUGUGUGUUCAGACUCAGACUACUCAAAGUCUCUAUGUGUGAGUUGGUGAUCCUGUUUCCUAAACUCAAUCGCUGACUAUUCACAGCUUACUAGAAAUCUGGUUGCAGCAGGGCUGGUCUCCUAGAAGGGAGAGCGCGCUGAGGUCAACGCUGCUUCAACAGAUGUUAGCGCUGCCUUUGGCGAAUGUUAACUCAUGGACCCCGAGAGGCACCCCAGGGAGACCUUCCUGGGAGGAGCCCUGCUCUGGGAAAGAAAAUGACUGUUGAAUAGCAGCGCUCCUUGUCUUUACACUGGUGGCAUGGGAGGGAAAGCAAUCGGGGCACCUUCCUAAAGCCCAUCUCUGCACCAUUCAGCCAACAAGGUCAGACACGGAAGGCAGAGCAGAGACACGCAGGAAGGAAGACCGAAGGGCAGAAAGAGCAAGCGCAGAGAACCAGCGUGGUGACUCGCGGGCUCACCUGCCGGCAAAUACGGGCAGCAUCGGUGAGGGAGGGCGGGCCCUCAGAAGGGAGUUUUGAGGUGCUUCCUGCUGUGUUGUUAAACUUCGGCACGUCUCGAGUCCCUGCGACACGUCUUAAAGGACGCCGAGUCAGCUGUCGACUGGAUUUUCUCUGCGUCCCCUGUACUCAAGAGGAAGCCCCUGUUGCAUGGUUCUUGUGGCAGAGGCAAGCACGAGAGGUUCAGCCCAGCUCUUAAGCGGUGAGGAGCUGAGGGCAGCGCACGUGUGUCUGGGGGGUCAGCGCUGGAGGAAGCCUGCAGGAAGAGCGCCUGCUUUGUGUUUUAUGCAAGAAGAGGUCCCUCGUGGGGGUCUCCUGCUUGCAAUUAGACAGAUUCCGCUUCCCUCCUUGCCAGCAGGCUUGUGGGAGCUUCCAAAGAAGAACAUUUAGGAGUCACUAAAAAGAUUCACAUCUUGAAUUCAGACAUUACCUUCCCAAACGUUACCGCUUAAGUCAGAAGAUGUGAGUGUUCUUCCGAGAAAUGAAAGGUUCUCAGUAAUGGUAAUGACCCCGUAGCAGAAAUUUGCAAUGUCUUCCCUCUGCCUUAUUCAUUCAGGAGCUUCUUCUGCCACAUCAGGUUCAAGGAACCCUGCUGGGUGCUGGUUCGUCUGUUUUCUCUUUUUUUUCUUUCUGGUCGGUGCUGAUUUUUUCCUCUUAUCCUCAGUUUAUCUCUUUAACGAAACAGAAAGGCCUUUUCUCAUCAGCUUUUAUCAGUGUCUUCAUCGGCCUAGACCGAAGAGCUUCUCUGGUGCUCAGGGUGCCUCCCAGGAGCUCCCGGGCAUCCACCCACCAGGCCGACUGCACACGCUCUGCGAGACGCCCCGGGGCAGAUGCAGCUCGGAGCACACAGAGGCCCCGUCACGGUCUCUGGGGGACGCAGGACGACUGGGUGGCGUGUGCGUGACCACUGCCAGGGGGUUUCUGGGGAGAUUGUCCCAGGACGGAAGGACCACCGUGGGCAGACGUGCCUGGGGAAGCAGCCUGCUGACUCUCCCGAGGAAGCUCAUUAGGUGACCUAACACCUCCAGAGAAAUGUCAAAACACUAAUGGCUAUUUUCAGCUUCUGGAGAUUUUCAGUCUUCCCACUCCACUCUUCUCUGCCAAUAAGUUUUAUUGUUUCCUUCACUCUCCUCUUGUCAGUAAAUGUCUGAAAGUAUUUCACUUGUACAAUGUCAAAGAGUUUUUCAUAGCUUCAGGAAAGAGGGUAGCAAGUAUGAAGACUCCGCUUUAACAUAAGGCACCCACCUGAGAGAUUCAGAGCCCAGAGCACCAUUAUGUUGAAACCAAGCUCUAUCUUCCAGGUUCUCCCAGAGCAGUAUGCUUCCUCCAAAGCCAAACAUCACUGCCCUGUCUGUUGACAACAUCUUAGAAUAAGCACCUUCCAGAAUCUAUCCAAAGCAGAUUCUAAAAUGACACGCUAAGAAACCAGAUUUCAACAAUUAAAGCGAUAACAGAAACACUAUUUUCAUCCCUCUGUACUCAGUUAAAACACCCACGAGAAAACUGGAACCAUCCAGGCAGUUCGUCUUAUCAGUAACUAAUAUCUUACUUUGAGAGAAUAGGACAGAUGUCACUGGGAAAUAGCAAUGUUCUGAGCAACACAGGAUGAGUAUAAGAUGGCCAUUAAAAAAAUAAAUCCUAAUUCAUACAUUAAAACAGCAAAAAUCUGAGGAUGAGAAAUGAAGUUGUUUCCAAACUUACUAAUUUUCUUCAUGUCAAAUUGGACAACCUUGGUGGGGGUCAUAUUUUGGGUUACUUGAAAGAUAUUUAUGAAGCAAAAAACUAAAUCCCCUCCCUCCAACCCCUGAUAGGAACUUGAAUUUCUAAGUGCCCUGGAUUCAGAAACUUAAGGGCUAAGAAGGAAUCUGGAAUGCUAUUACUGAGAUCCCAGGCAAGAGGAUCAUCCUGACAGUUUUAUAAGCUUGUUAAUCCAUGUUUUUGUUUUUUUAAAUAUGGAAGACAGUGGGGUGGGGUGUGGGGGGCAAAACACUAUUAUUACCUAGAAAUUGUCCUUUUGCAAAUAGUUUGACUUGGUAGAAAUAAACUUGCUUGCCUGCUCUUAAGAAAUGCCCGACUAUUGUAAGCAAAUGCAGAGGGCAUGGUGCCCAGAGACAUGCUUAGUACAACUGUGAAAGUUCCCAUAACCCAAAGUGUAGCAGGUCUUAUAUUUAGAUGACAGGAUGCUGUGGAGGCCCAUUCCCUGCCAGUCUAAUUGCUUUGUGGAAGACCAAUUCCAACAGAAAUGAACUUACUUGCCAUGAUUUCUCCUCUGAUCUUAGGCCUUUCGCACUUGAAAUGCACAGCAAAUAUACAUGUUUUAAUGGAAUUCACUAUUUUUGACUUUCGUGUCAAAGAGAUUGGUUCCAGAAGGCUCACCUGAUUCCCCAUAAUAAGUAUGUUUUAUAAUCCCCUGUGAUUCUAAAUCCAAUCCCAGCUAUAGGUUCUGAGCAUCAAAUCAAAAUCAAAGAUAAGGGGGAACUGGUAGGCAGGGGUUUUGGUUAUUUCAGAUUCAUGACCACAAAGUGGCCAAAAGCAUGAAACUCCCUCUUGCUUGAUGACCAUUUCACCACAUGAAGUGUCCGUUGCCCCAGCCAUCCUGCGAACCAGACUUUCACCGUGGACCACUGGCCACUUUGCUUCGGCACUGAGAUUUCUUACUGAAACAGCUUUACUGGUCAGAGGCCUGUGGAUUUUAUGUCUCCUUAUGCUGAACAUACUAAAGCAGACGGCCUGCUGCAGUAGCAGGAAUCCGGCAGGGAUUGGUGGUGGUGUGAGUUCUGCUGACUUACUUCAUGGUAUGGUUUCUUGCUGUUUUCCCUUGGUUCGGUCUGGUGGGUGCCCUGAAAGAUCGGACCUCUCUGAAGUCAUAGCCACACAACCACAUAGGGUUAGGAAAAGCCAUAUAAAUGCAAGAGAAUCAGGUCAAGUUGUCACAGUCCCGGGAACAGCCCUGACUUCGCGGAGCGCAAGCACGCGGGAAGCGAAGACGGAAUGUACAGCCGGCUCCCGGCCCUGACGUGGGCGGCACGCAGCGAGUGGCGGCUGAAACGCGCUGUCAGGGCUGCUUCCGCCCCUCCUCCUUAGGAGGUGAGGGCGUGGUGCGGCGGGCACGGGCAGCCCUCAGCCCCACCGGGAGCCUCCUUUCGAGCAGGGCACUCUGGCUUACAGUUUCCUUUCAGUGCCAAUGCUGCCAGGUUAAAGCACCUGUAAUCUUCUGUUGUUAUUUUAAGAUAAUAUAUUUGUGAAGCGGAUUAAAGCAGCACUGGAAAUAGCGUGCCUCUCAUAAAAAGCUCAAGUGUAACGCACGCAAGCAAAGCCUUUGAUGAGUUUGUCUGGCUUUGUAAAACAAGUCUGAAAAUGAGUGAGAUGGAUAUCUAGGUGGGUAGCUGUCUUGUCUUUUACCGUUUUUAUUUCGGAUCUGUAUUUAGCACUUAUUUGUUAGUUUUACAUUCAGAAGAAAUACACUUUGGCUAACAUUGUAGGAUGUUUUUAAAUUAUUUUCUACUUUUUAAAACAUAAUGUCAUCGUUUUUGUAAGCGCAGAUCAUUUUUGAAUAGCCCCUUUUUCCUUUCCAAUAGACCAAUUACCACUCAUAGAUCGGUGGGACUUUUUUUUUUAAACUGUAUUCUUAUAAUAAAUGUAAAAUAUUUGUAGCAAA